GCAGAGCUUGCUGUCCACUGCAGGGUGUGGAAUGAGCCAGUGGCAGCAGUUAAGAGCAGACAUGGCAGGCCAAAUCCACUGACGCAUUCUACAGUUGUUCCCAAUAGUAGUUAUGCAGUUUUAUAGUUAUGUAGUGGGUAUGUAGUUUCCUGGUUAAAUCCAGAGCACAAUUUCAAUCGGUGCAAAAUAGUUAUGAAUUGAUGUGAAAAUAACUCUGGCUAGCACAGUCAUUAUGAGUCUCCUCUUUGUUCUAAAAGCACUUGUGUGUGUGUGUGUGUUUUUCAAAUAAAGGCUGAGCAAUCUGUUCCACGGGAUGGAUGAAAACACACCUGUAAGGUACACAGUAUACUGCAGUCUGAUCAAGGUAGCGGCCACCUGCAACGCCAUCGCGUUCAUUCCAACCGAGCUCGAUCAGGUCCGAAAAUGGAUAACUGACUGGAACCUCACCACGGAGAAGAAGCACACGCUCCUCCGGCUGGUGUACGAGGCGCUGGUGGACUGCAAGAAAAGUGAGGCAGCUGCUAAAGUGAUGGUGGAGCCGGGCUACACGGAGGACAACGCCUCUCAGGCGCGGGUCGAUGCUCACAGGUGUAUCGUCCGUGCUUUGAAAGACCCGAACACUUUCCUGUUCGACCACCUCUUGGCCCUGAAACCAGUGCGUUUCUUGGAAGGGGAACUCAUCCAUGACCUCUUGACCAUCUUCGUAAGCGCAAAGCUAGCAUCGUACGUCAAGUUCUACCAGAACAACAAGGACUUCAUCGAUUCCCUGGGUCUUUCACACGAGCAGAACAUGGCCAAGAUGAGGCUCCUGACGUUCAUGGGAAUGGCCGUGGAGUUCAAGGAGAUCUCCUUCGGCACCAUGCAGCAGGAGCUGCAGGUCAGCGCGGACGACGUGGAGGCCUUCGUCAUCGACGCUGUUCGAACCAAGAUGGUUUACUGCAAAAUUGACCAGACACAGCGCAAAGUUGUGGUGAGCCACAGCACGCACCGGACCUUCGGGAAGCAGCAGUGGCAGCAGCUCUACGACAGCCUCAACUCCUGGAAGCAGAAUCUGGCCACCGUGAAGAGCAGCCUGCAGACCCUCUCCACCUCCACUUGAGUUACCCCCCCCCCAGCUGCAGUUUUAUAUUUACCAAAUAAAAAUGAGAGGAAUUAU